AUGGGUUUUAUAGGUAAAUGGAUGGGUUGGAUGGAAUGUUUGGUGUCUCAUAGUUCUAUGUCUAUUCUUGUUAAAGGUAGUCCAACUAAGGACUUCACAGUUUCAAGAGGGUUACACCAAGGAAAUGGAUUAUCUCUGUUUCUUUUUCUUAUUGUGGUUGAGAGGUUAUUUGGUUUGGUGACUAAUGUGGUUUCGUUAGGUGAUUUUAAAGGUUUCUAUUGUAGCGACAAUUCCAGUUUGGAGUUUUUGCAAUUCGCCGAUAAUACCAUUCUGGCGGUUGCAGGCUUCUUAUCGUGUGGUAUCAGGGCUUUGUCUUUCACUUUUCUUAGGGUUUCUAUCGGAAUUAAUCCAAGACGUUGGGAUGUGUGGAAGCCUAUUAUGGAUAAAAUUAGAAUAAGAUUCAGGUAUGGAGAUACAACGACUACGAUGUUAAAGGAUCCUAUUUUCAAAGUUCGCUCUAAGGUUUCGCUUUGGUGGAAGGAUUUAUUUUCAAUUGGUAAGGUUGAGGAGGAGAAUCAGGAUAAUUAG